AGGUUGAAGACGAAAAAGGCAAAGUUUCUACACUAUAUACCAUACUUGAGUUAGUUUCUUUCUUUCUCAUACAGUCAUACCUUAAUUUACAUAGAAGUUUUAUUAAUACAAAAUAACAUAAGUCUUGAAAAGGUUUACAUUUUUUGGCAAACUAAUCAUAAUCAAUCAUAUGUUUCUUGUCUAGUCUAAAAUUGACAAAAACAAAUAAAUUUACAAAAUUUGUACUAAACAUUGUCUCUGAAUCUCGAACUAAGCUCAGAAACCUAUAUUUUUCGGUUGAAGAUGUUUCUGUACAUAAUGUAUCCAUUGGUGUUAACGGAAAUUCUUCUCAUUUGUAUCCUUUUGUUCCAAACUCCUUUGAGAAAGCUUCUAGUGAAAGGGCUAAGCUUGCUGAAGGUUGGCCGAGGUCCUGUGGUUGCGCAAACUUUGUCUAUAACGAUGCUUGUGUUAUUCCUCUCAAGCUUAUAUGGCCUCUUAGAAGCCCACCGGCGCUUCAUGGAUGCUGGUGCCAUUAAUCCAACCGAACAAGUUCUUAUGGCUCAUCAUCUCCUGGAAACAACUCUUCUUGGAAUGUCCUUGUUUCUUGCUUUCAUAAUAGACAGACUACACUAUUAUAUGAAUGAAAUUUCUCGAUUGAGAGAAGAUAAUGAGCUUCAUCGACAAAAGGGUAAGGUGGUGCAAGCUACGGCUAGUGCACCAACUCAUCACAAGGAGAGGAUGUAAGUUAAUCAGCUUGAAGGCUUGAAGCUAACGUCACAACUCACAAGAAACUGUAAAUAACUCAUAGCUAGUUAAAAAAUUGUAUGUAUAAAACGUGCAUGAAUUGUUGCAUGGUAAUCGAUCAGAUCAUGUCCUAUUGUUUAUUAUGAUCACCUAUACUAUUUUAUUUAUUCUAUAUAUUCAUUCCAUUACCAAAUUAUAAAAUUAGUAGAACCUUAUC